AUGGCCGGCUUCCUCGUGGCGAUGUUGGCACAUGGUGCUGGUGUUAGUGCUUUAGGCUACUACGUGCCCUUCAUGCUGUUCGCCAGUGUCUUAAUGCCCAUAUUCGCGGGGCUCAUGACAACAUUCACGACUAGAACGUCUUUGGACAGGAUCGCAGACUACUGUCUGGCCAUGGGCUUCUCAGCUGGAAUCGGCUUCAACGCCCCGCAGAGCGCGACAAUAUUUCUGGACCGGCUGAGUGUCAACUUGACCGAGUUGGUGCCUGGGCUAAGUCCCGAUGCCGUCAACAACAUGGGCCUGACGGAACUCCGGCACCUUGUGGGACAGGAUGAGAUUGGAAGGACCCUGGGAAUUCUCGACAAGAGCUUGAUGCAGACAUGGUAUCUUGCCGUAGGCUUGACUUGUAUGACCAUCAUUGGGAGCGCUGCAAUGGAGUGGGGCUCUGUGAAGGAUAAGAAGAAAGACUGA